UGUAGAUGGAAAAAAAACCUAGCGUAGCUGCAGUGUCACCACCUGCAAAAGACACGAGGCAGUCUUGGAAAUGUGAAAGUAAAAAUGAUGAUUGAUUGGGGAAAAAAAGAGCAGGAAAGAGCCGUUCUGUUCCAGUAAAAAGUAUUUUUUGGAGUACUCAGCACUCACCCUCUUCAUGGAGCAAUAAUGUUUCUGUUAUCUUGGAGUGUUGUAGAAUGUCAAAGCCAGCUGUAUGUCUAAACACUGUCUAACCAGAAUUCAAAUUCUCAGUUGACACUUCAUUCUUUCAUUUUAACACUUUGUUUGUUUUUUUUCUCUCUCUCUCCUGUCCCAGAAUCUCUUCAGUCGUCCAUGCCCCUCUGCAACAGUGAACAUGACCAGACAAACGCUGACCUGGGUCCAGAUUGUUACAGCCGGCUGUGUGAAGAGCCACUGGAUGCGGAGACCGAACGUCCAGUGAGCCUGGUGUCCACCUUGUCCUCUGACUCGUCGUCUCGUGAUAGUCGCAGCCUUUUUGGCAGCACCAUUACUCUUCCUGUAUCCACCACGCCGCCUCUACCAUGUGGGGAGGACAUAGACUUGGAGCUGAGCCCAGCUGAAGGGCAGGCUGGAGAUCACAGUCCCUACACAGCGAGUACCAGGAACCACUGGCUGGAACGGCUGGAGUCCAAGGGGAUCAGCAGCCAGUGGAACAAAAACAAUGAUGUCUCCAACAGGAAGGCGAGUCCCGAAAUACCUCACAUCCAUGCCUCCCCUGUCGUCACCAGCGCCAUGGCUCCGAACCCGAACCUGACCUACGCCGACCGCGUCGUCAUGGAGCUCAUUGAGACGGAGCGCAUGUACGUCAAGGAUCUGAGCAGCAUUGUGGAGGACUACUUGGCUCACAUCAUCGAUAUUAACAACCUUCCCAUACAGCCAGAGCAGGUGUGUGCGCUGUUUGGAAACAUAGAGGACAUCUAUGAGUUUAACAGUGAACUGCUCCAGUCUCUGGACAUGUGUGACAACGACCCCGUGGCCAUUGCCAAAUGCUUUGUCGAUAAAAGUGAAUACUUUGAAAUUUACACCCAGUACUGCACCAACUAUCCCAAUUCAGUGGCGGCGCUGACGGAGUGCAUGAGGAACAAAACUUUAGCCAAGUUCUUCAGAGAUCGACAGGCUGCGCUGAAGCGUUCGCUCCCUCUGGGCUCCUUCCUGCUCAAGCCGGUUCAGAGAAUUCUGAAAUAUCACCUGUUGUUACAGGAAAUCGCUAAACACUUUGACCCAGACGAGGAGGGCUACGAGGUGGUCCAGGAGGCCAUAGACACCAUGACAAGCGUGGCCUGGUACAUCAACGACAUGAAGAGGAAACAUGAGCACGCCGUCAGAGUGCAGGAGAUACAGUCUCUUCUGAUCAACUGGAAGGGUCCUGACCUGACCACCUACGGAGAGCUGGUGCUGGAGGGCACCUUUCAUGUCCUGAGGGCGAAGAACACACGCACGCUGUUCCUUUUCGAAAGGAUGCUCCUCAUUACCAAGAAAAGAGGGGAACACUACGUCUACAAGAUCCACAUCUCGUGCUCCACUCUCAUGCUGCUUGACAGCGCCAAGGACCCGCUGCUCUUCAGUGUCAUCCACUUCAAACAUCCCAAACAGCCUCAUACAGUACAGGCCAAGUCGGUUGAAGAGAAGCGUCUUUGGGCCCAUCACAUUAAGAGGCUCAUCCUUGAGAACCACAGCACCAUCGUCCCUCAGAAGGCUAAGGAUGCCAUGCUGGACAAUUCAAACUAUCUGGGGAAGCAUCAGUACAGUCCUGAGAGGCUGAUAAAAGCAGACUCCUGUCAGACUGAAGACUUCAACCUUGGACGACGAAAGGGAAGAAGACGAUCAGAGCCUUCAAAACAAAUUAUGGGGAACACAAAAGCUGCUUUGAAGGACAAUCACGACACUGAUGUGACAGAGGAGAAGGUUGUGCUGAAAGAUCAGUCUGAAACGUACUUAGAAGUGGACGAACCUGUGGACGUCAAAGAGACUCUGACCACACAGAUAAACAUGGAGGAGCGUUGUCCUCCAGACGCCGUCCCCCAAGAGGAGAAGAGUGAGCAGCUGGAGGUCUCCCUGAGUCCUGACUCUCCUGUUGCCUCUCCUCAACUAGAAACUGAACCUUCAGAAUCUCAGGAGACUUCCAGAGAGACUGUAGAGGAAGAGGAGGAAGCAGAGAGCGAUUCCUCACAUUUCCCUGUGGAGGAGACGAGUGCGAUUACGAAUGGAGAGCUCUCGGAGGAAGAGGAGGUUUUGGAUUGUGGACGUAUCUUGCCUUCAUCCAUGUUGGACCAGGCGAGUGCGAGAGCCGAGCGCUUCGUCGCCAGUUUGUCCAGACGCAGCAGUCUGGUGUCAGAGGACCUGGGUUCCCUGGCCUGCCCGUCACCUACAGCAGAGUGUGAGGUCUUCCAAAGCCCCUCGGCCUGCAUGGAUUUUGAGAAGCAGACACAGAUGAUGGACAGCUCUAGUCCAGAACCUCAGACAAACUCGGAGCUAACGCCCGUCCACCUGUCAACGCCUGUAGGUAAAUCCCCACUGGACGCUCUUGCGGAAGGAGAACGAAGAUCCACGCUCUCCAAAAAAGAUCGGCUCCUCAUCCACAAGAUCAGGAGAUACUACGAGCACGCCGAGCACCAGGACGCCGCUUUCAGCAUCAAGCGCAGGGAAAGUCUCUCCUAUAUCCCAGCAGGUCUGGUGAGACACCUGAGCCAACAGUUGAACAGCGUCCCUCAGGAACAGGCCGUUCCAGUCCACAAGAAGAGCCCCUCUCGGAAUCGACCCACUUCUUGGUCCAUCUUUGAUCUGCCCGGACUGGAAAAGUGUCGAAGCAGUGAAAGUCGAAGGAGCGGUGAAACACAAAGAGCGGUGGAAGUCAGGACGAGAUCUCAGAGCGUCACCGACACCUCAACCGCAGAAGAAGAGUUCAGACCCUCGGCGGAAAUCCUCAAGGUUUUACAAGAUAUGGAAAUUGAGGAGGAAGGGUUAGGGUUAGGUCAGGAAGGUCUACAGGACGACGAUGAGAAGGUUGACGAGUCAAGUCUGGAAGAAACCGAGGACACCAGUUCAGACGCCUUCGAUAAUCAAACUGCUGACCAGUCGAUUCAGAUUUUAAAGGAGUCAGAAAUGUGCUCUGCCUCUGACAGCUCCUCGGUCUCAUCACCCACCACAGCUUCUCCACCAGCAGAGGUCCGAUCUGCUGUGGACACCAAACCGAGUAAGAGUCCCGUGUCACCAGAGAAGUGCCACUUCAGCCACAGCAAGCUACCAAACAUCAUCAGCUUCCGUUCCAGCAUGGACGAGGACCAGAUCCUGCAGGACAUGGGCAAGAUGAAGAACAAAGUGUUUCAGCUGGCCCGUCAGUACAGCCAGCGCAUCAAGAAUAACAGACCCAUGGUCUGGCAGAGGAACCGCGACGCAGCAAACCAACAGGGCUGCAACAGCGCAUCCGCUGGUCACGAGGAGAAGGUGCAUCCGAGAAGGAAAGGUAAGCUCAACCUCAGGUUGCCUUUGACCACCUGUGAUGAGAUGGUCAUCCACGAAGUCCACUCUCCCAGUCCAGUCCAGUCACCCAGCUCCGUGUCCAACUGCCAGCUCUCGGUCCCCUGCCCACAGAGCCCCCAGUCGCAGGCCUUCCACUGGCCCGACGUGCAGGGUCUGUGCUCCAAGUACACCAGCCCCUCCUCCCUCUCAACAGGCGGCCGCAGCUGCGCGGCGCUGAUGUCGGGGUGCUGCAGGGACCGAUGUAACGCCUGCUCACAGAAGUGCAGCAGCUCCCUGGACCUUCACAGGGCUCUGUCAAACACCGACCCUGACCGUCACCUGUUGGAGGACUGGCCUCAGCGUCGGCGGACCCCACUUCAGCCCCUGCUGUGCAGGUGGAACUCUUUGGACCACAUGCUCGGGUCCGUCCCCCUUCACGAGGCGCAGGACCUUCAUACACCUGCGAAGAACUGCUGCACGGGAUACAAUCUCCACAACUGGGACCGCCACUUUCCCGAGGACGAUAUGGACUGUGCGGAAAAGUCCGGCGUCCUGACUUUAGGGAAGAUGUCAGACAGUAACAUUGUGAAAAGCUUACGGGAAAAAUUCCAGAGCUUAGGCACAAACUCGUAAACACCUCUGCCACAAGGGGGACAAAGUCAGAUAUUGUCUACGCAGGGAUUUUAGCACGAAGGAAACAGACUUGUGAUCUGUGUUGUUUGCCAACAUAGGAGGGAUGUUAUUGGUCAGUGAUAGUAUGAACUGAAGCUCCAUUUCCAUAUUGGGUCUUUGCUGCACUGUAAAAUUCAAAUUAUAUGUUAAAAAAAAUAAAUGUAUAAAUUCACCUGUCUUAAUGGAAGGUCAGAUUUAUUUUCCCUUCCGCGACAUGCGUAUAUUUCCCCCCCCCCCCCGCCCCUCGUUACCCCUAUAGCCCCACUGUUGGUGAUGCUUGCUGUAGUCACUAGUGUAACAAUGUUAGCUGUUGUUCCAGCAUGCCAUAUAAGGGCGUGAGCUAACAAGACUAAUCUCUCUCUCUCAGCAGGACAAACACUGUCUCUGACUGGACACCAAAGACACUUUUCCUUCCCACGUCCACUGUCUCUGCCUCUGAAACCGUCACGUCUCUUACUGUAUCACAGAAGCUUUAUUUUUAUCUACAUGUACAUUUCUUCCAACAUUAUUUAUCUAACUGUAUAUUUUGGAGACAUCGACCUCGGCGCACUCUUGACCUACGGCGUCCCUUGGUAAUUUUUUUUUUUUUAAGAAAAUAUCAUUGCAUACUUGAAGUUUACCAUAUUUGCAAUAAAAAACAGAAACUGGUCAAGUA